AUGAGAUAUGAGUAUCUCGAGCAAGUGAUGGAGUGGUCCGAGAGAAUCUGUCAAGAGAUGAGCAUGAAGACGGCACUGAAGGACGUGCAGAGCCGCACCUUCACCAGCAAACAUUUACUGUUCAGGGCAUUUGCGGCCACGGGUUGGACACUUUGGUCAAGGAACUUUGAGACAGCUGCAUUGAAGCGCAAGCAUUAUAUUCCCAAUGCACAAGGUCCGUGGGGCGCCAAACCAUUCUUCAAGUUGGAACUUGUCGACCGAAAGGGCUGGCAGAGGAAGAAUCAGAAAGACAGAAAUGGGGCGGUAGAGCAUGAUCUUGAGGGAAACACAUACCACAUCUAUGACCAGCCAUCACUUCCAUCUGCAAACGUCUACCACUACCUCCCGGUAUGGAUUGAAUAUCUCGAGAUGGCACACUAUGGAAGGCCUCUAACGGAUGAAGACUAUCUGUUCCCGAUGAUCGGGGCAAAUGGCAUUAUCCAGCCCCAUCUUCCCAUCUCGCAUAAUGUGGUUCAGCUGUGGCUCGGUGAGUUCACGAAGGAGGCUGGCAUCACCGAGCUCUACCGAUUCAUGUUUGCUCCACCGAGCGACAGAUGGACCUUGGCGAGGGUGCGAUGGGGUGGCUGGGCAAAGGUUACAUUACCGCAGUGGGACACAUUGAUCAGAUACUUGCUCGAUGAACUUUAUAUGUAUGAAGAGAGCCAUGCUGAUGCACUGCAGCCCCCCUCAGAGCUGGCUGAUUUUGAUAUCCUUGGUGCCGCUGCCUCCAGUGUGUCAGAGAGCAACUUCCGGAAUAGUUUGCUGUCCAUACGAGAAGACCUGACAAGCGUCAUGAGCAAUGUCGUGUCCAACUUCCUCUCACGGCAACAGGCAAACACCCAUCGGUCAUUGUGUAUGCGGGCUCUCACCCUCUGUCACGCAGUGGUAUCUCCCUCCAUGGCAGUGAUGACAUUCAGUGCACGAGGUCCCCAGAUCGAGGCCAGUCCAACAUCAUCUUAUAUGCAAGACCCUGCGAGGUUCAUGCCACCGUUGAUGGCUGCCCCAGCCGCUUCACCACAGCCACAGGCACCUGAGUACUCCAUGCCACCUCACGAUGUCUGUGUCCUCAACGUUCCGAUACCUCGCGCCGGCCAGCACGUCAAAUCAGAGUCUUGGUGCGACAUUGUCGAGCUUUGGGAGACCGGCAUUCCGAAUAGAGGCACUCUCGUGCUGCGGAACUGGCCAAAGGACUGGUUGAUGGGUGAAAACAAGAGCAGGUUUGCCGCGAAAUACCACCAGCGAAGGGUAAUUGCGGAGGAGUACCUGGUCAAGUGA